UGUGACAACGAAAAAAAAGAAAAAAGUUGGCUGGAGAGGAGGUUAAAUCACGGAAAAGAUAUGUGCUGUUGGUUAAUCUGGUGAGGAGGAUCUGGAAGAAGGAAAGAGAGCAGCUGCUGAGAGUUUCUGAUCACUUUUUGUUCCCUGUACUGUAGAGAUAUGGAGUCAGCCAUCAAGACAAUGGUGACAACGUUUCUUAGUUCUGCCAAAGGGAAGGAGAGCCUCGACAGUAAAUCCUUCCAGAAACUGGUUCAGAAACAGCUCGGUAACGUCAUGGAGGACACAAAAAGUUCUUCUGCCAUUAAGGAGAUGCAGCAGGGCCUGGACGAGAACAAUGACGGAAAAGUCAGCUUCCAGGAAUACCUGUCUAUGAUUGGCUACCUUGCCAACAGUCUCAGUGAGAGCAAGACCGAAUCCAAAGCAAAUGCGUCAUAGAAGAGACCUUCAUCAGAUCUUCAAACUAAACCACACCUUCUUCUUUCUAAAAUCAAAACAUUCCAGCCAUUUUGUAUACUUUUUUUCUUAAACGUCCAUAAUCAUUUUACUGAAAUGCAAUGUUUUCUGAACUUUGCUUGUUUUUUGUUAUUUUCUCCAUAGUCUUAUUCAAAUAAAGUUCUCUAAGUUGGUCUUCCUUAUGCAAACACACAAAGAAAACAUUGUUUGCAAAUCAGAGUUUUGUAAUAAAACUAAAGUGGCUUAUAA